CAAAUGGGGAUAGAGAGAAUGUAUAUAGAGAGAAAUGUUCUGAUGACAACUUUAUUGUAACCGAAGCGGAGGAAUCGUUGACAAGUUAUGCAUGACCUAACGUUGCGUACUCGGUCCGUCCGCAUUCACUACACCAACGCUUGAUGGCUAACAAAACCUAAACUGCUGAGCCGAGGAUCCACUUCAGUCGUAUGCCAUCAUGUGAUCAUCGAUUUCUUCUUUCUAGGGAUUUUAAAAACAGACGUGAGAGCACAGCGUGGCAAAGAUGAUGCCGUUUUAACAUAACGGUACUAAGUUGAGACUUAAUGUACUAUAUCGAGUUCAACAUUCUGGGACCCUUAUUACAUUCUCCUAUAUUGUAUAGCUGUAUCCACAUACCUAUACACUGGUAAGCAAUGCACGUGCGCUCUACAACCAGGCGAUAAAGAUGUGUGGGUGAUUCAAGUCGACAUUCCCUCCCAGCUCGUGCAGACAUGGCUUUUUGUAUACACACAACAUUUACAAGUGAAGCACAGAAUAUACGGUUUACAAGAUGAUGACAGAACUGAAUACGGACUCAAUCCGGGUCAUUCCGAGAUCUCCACGCUGUAGUACCGCCGAUAACCUACUAAAACUAACUCUCAAGGAUCACUAUGACGUCACAAGGGAGCUAGGAAGGGGUACGUACGGCCAGGUACUUUUCGCAAAAUGUAGAGAAACUGGAAAAAAUGUUGCUUUAAAAGUUUUGCCAAAAAGCAAUACAAAAUUACGCGAGUUUGAGCGGGAAUUUCGCUUCAGUUACUUUCUGUCACCUCACACAAAUGUAGUCGACACUUAUAACGUAGCAUUUGAAACUAGAACAGCAUUUGUAUUUGCGCAAGAGUUUGCAGCGUAUGGGGAUUUAUUUGAGAAGAUUCCUCCGCAACAAGGAAUGGUUGAAAAAGACGUGAAAAACGUCAUCAAGCAGGUGUCGUCUGCUCUUGACUUCAUGCACAGUAAUGAUCUCGUACACCGGGACAUCAAACCGGAAAACAUUCUUAUUUUCGAGCAGGACUUCAGCAAAAUCAAGCUUACCGACUUUGGCAUGACACGGAAAGAGGGAUUAGUUUUACGCAAAGUAAACGGAAGCAUACCGUACACUCCACCGGAAGUGUGUGAAGCGGUUAAAAACGAAAGUAUAACAGUGUCUUCCACUGGUGAUGUGUGGGCGUUUGGCGUGUUACUCUUCUGCAUGUUGACAGGGAAUUUUCCAUGGGAAAACGCAGAAAUAAGCGAUAUAUAUUAUAAUGAAUUUUCGUUGUGGCAAAGACGAAAAUGUACAAAGACACCAUCGCAAUGGAGAAAGUUUACACCCAGAAUUCUGAGAUUUUUCCGUAAAACGCUGGAAAGUAAAGUAGAAAGGAGAUGCAAUGUGAAAGAAAUAAAGAAAUAUUUGAGCGAUACGUGGUUGAAGCCAUCUGCUCCAUCAAUAGCUGAUGGCACAGAGGAAGAGGAUAUUACCGUGGACGACGAGAAAAACAAUCAACUCACCUCGAUUCUACAGAGCCAUGGUAUCGAUACAAACUUAGAUAAAAGACUCCGCGAGCGGAGGAUUUCAGAAUGGCUUCUAGCUCUUUGAAACAGACAAUACGGAGAUAUCUACUCGCCUGCCUGCAAUACAGACUUGAAGGAUUCGAUGGUCGUAUACCACUUUAGGUGUCUGGUCGUCCUGAGAUACAGACGUGGUUGAAGGUGACCGAAAGCCGUAUAUAAUACGGAAGUUAUCCAAGGUGUCUGUUUGUUUGUAUUGUGAUAUGAAUGCCACUGAAAUGACUCAUUUUAUGUGAUUAGCGAAAUGAUAGUACAUAGCAGAAACGCCGGAUAACAAUUAAUAUGUUAUCAAGGUGUCUGGUCGUCCUACAACAUGGUUGAUAUUAAAAAAAAAAAUCGGGCACUACUACUGUUCACUGUGCUGCAAAAAGUGUUUGUUUGUCCUGUUCAGCUUAGAUGUCUUACCAGAUAUUAGUUUCUAUUAUUAUUACACUAAUGUGUGAACAAAAGAGUUUCCGAGGACGUGUUUAUACGUUUUUAUCGCAAUAAUGAUAUACUCUCAUUUGAUACAUAUUUUGGCGUUAACAUAUUCAGUUUAUUAACAAUUUGACAUAUUGAUGUUGUGAUGGAUUGGUGCAUCCACGAUACUUGUAAUAUACAACAAUAUCAUAAAACUUAGAAUAUGGAAAUCAUAAAUUAUGUAGCACAACAUUUCAGCGCGAACAUCGCUAAAAUAAAAUUACUGCUAAAACCUGGAUGUUUACAGUAUAUCACAAGAAACGUGUAGCACUGAUGUAUAGCAUUGACAAUGUUAUUGAUGAUGUGGAUAUCAACAAGAAGUCAAUUUGAUAUCAUUAUUUUAAGGCAACAUUGUGUUUCAUUUAAUUAUGUUUUUUUUUAUCUUUAUCAUUAAGAUUAAGAUGAAACAGGAUUUUACACGCUUGUGGCUAUAACGGGAAAACCAGAAUGCACUGGCGGAAUGAUUCAUUUUGUAUUAUGAAUUAUUAAGAAAUUAAUUCAGACCCCGCAGUCAUGAAACCAUUCUCAUGCUCAAGUAUGAAAUCUGUGGUCAAACCAGCCUCCUUUAAACUAAAAAAAAACUAAAACAAAA